AUGCCAGAUAAGAGGGAGCUCGACGCUUGCCCUACCGACCAACCUCGAAGCAAGAGGCUUACUCAAACAGUCGAGGGAGGCAGAAUGUCGGAGGGCGGUAGCUUGGCGAUUCUCAAGCAUCCUAGGCUGACUGGGCAAGGAUUCUCUGUACCACCACUGUUUCAACAACCGACGCGGUUGUGUUCCUUUUCAUUCGACGAAAAGCGAAAGCUGUGGCAAGACGAUCGAUGCAAACGCUUCUACAGAGGACCACCGCCGUACAACAAUGCGCAUCCGCAACAGUCGCGCGCAAGAAUGGCUGGCAAUCGAAGGAUCUUUGGAGCCGAUCUGAACUAUGGCAUUGAAGGAUUCGUCCAACGAGACGAAUGUGUUGGCGAGCAUUUGGAUGCACUGCUUGCCGCAUUGCAGCACCGAACUACCUCAACAGCCUCGGGAUUGGAAAGCAAGGAACGAGAUCAAGAGCGCAGGCGCGCCGAUAUAGUGACGUGGCGAGGCAUCAUUACCAAGAUCUGCACAGCCUACGAUCAGAAAGCUACAGCGAGAUUCAACGAGGCAUUCGAGCUGAACGCUAUGAUCCUCGAUGGCACACUAUAUCUGGAGGAGUACGUUUGCGCAAGCGAACGAGCUAAAAAACAAGAAAAGGAGAGAGAUCCUCGAUGGCACAGGUUUAGCUACUACGGCUACUCGUUUGAAAGCUACUGCACGGUGGAAACCGAGGCUGAGACCAAGGAGGCAUUUGGUGGAGUAGUAGCAUUUCCGGGGAGCGCCAGGCGAGAUCCGCCAGGUUGGUCGGGCGAUGUGAAUACGAAUGUACAAUGGUGCCAGGUGGUCAAGACCAAGUUGGGCGGCAACCGUUUGAUUCUCGGAGGCGAAGUGGAUGCUGUCCAACGCGACCAAAGGACGGGCAGAGAGGAGAUGGUUGAGCUCAAGACCUCGAAAGAGAUGAGAUGCUUUCCUCACGAUCCUCAGAGAGGAGCAUCUGAUCAGGAGGUUUUUGAAGGGAAGCUGUUAAAGUAUUUCUUGCAAAGCUAUCUCCUUGGAAUCGGCAAGAUUGUCGUCGGCUUUCGCGAUCCUGCUGGAUUGCUGACGAGGCAUGAGCACUUUGAGACCUUAAAACUCCCACGGAUCGUCAGAGCGGGAGAGGAGAUUGCAGGCAGAUUCGACAAUGCUGGCAGAGCAGCAGUGAGGCAAGAUUCGGUUUGGCAGCCAAAGGAUAGUUUGGGAUUUGGCGAUCAGAUCUUGUCCUUUAUCCGCGACACUGUCCUGGCGCAUACCACCAAGCGUGGUGCUGAGCGAAGCACUGGCCAUCCAGUCUUUCGAGUCUCCUUCAAAGCGCCCUUCGAAGAGGUUCAGAUCCGAGAGCUCAGCGAAGAGCAAGUCUACCAACAGGCUCAAGAUCGCGGUACUUCAGGCGAAAGAGUUGCAUUCCUCCCCAAGAGUUUUUACGAUUUUGUUCAGUCUCAAGCCAGUGCUCAUCCACAUCCUUAA